AAAUCUAAUACAUAUUGAUGACGGAAAAUUUUAAUUGCGGUUGCUCCGAAGAAGAAGAAGAAGAAGAAGAAGAAGAAAAAAACGAUUUGGCAACAUCUAUUCAUAUUUGACGCAUAUUCCAAAUGCUCAUUCUUUAGACGUUUGCAAUUAAUUAUUUCAAGAAAAAAGGUGCUUGCCGAAAUUGCAGCAACAAAAACAGCUCUGCACCAUAUUCCUUUCGAGCAAAUGGUAGGAAAUCAAAACUAGUGCCAAACAGUUGGCGACUAUUCAUGAUUUAGUUAAAUUUAGAUCAAUUUAGUUUUGCGAACUUAUUAAAGAUUUUAUCAGAGUAUUUUCAGCUGAAGCCUUAGCGUUCAUUGCGAUGAUGAGCCGCCUUUCUUGAAUUUAAAGCUUGAUAUUCAUCAAUAGAUCGAAUGGACCGAAAAACGAUAGUUUAUUCUUUUCAAACGCAUUCAAAUGAUUGAAUGCUCUUGCUAGAGAUUCUCAGUUCUCAAAUGAUGAAAUAACAAUUCGCACAAUGCAAUUCACAGUUGUAAUUAUUUUUAGAAUAGCACUGUACAUAUAAACAAUUGAUUGAUUGAUUGAUUCAAUAUUUCACCAAUAUCUAUUGCGUGAAUAUCAUUAUACACUGUAUAAUAUACAGCCAAUAGGAAAUGAAAUCAUCGUAUCGAUCGAUUUUUGAAGGUCGAUUAAUUCACUAUUUAAUCGAACCUAGCUGCGGAGUUCUCGAUCAUUUCGAUAGUAAUCGUUGAUCAAGCCGCAUAGUAAUAGAAGCAAUAGUUGUACAAGUCUGAGUGUGUUGGCUUUCACAGCAAACUUGUAAGCGAAAAAUAGUUGAAUAUCCCUAUAAGUCUAACAAAUAGAACACAAAUUUAACGUUUCCAACGAUUUGAAAGAGAAAAAAAACACUGUUAAAGAGCGUGUACGGAUUUCAUUGGCCCUUGAAUUCCGAGACGUAGCGCAAAGCAAAAGGACAGACCCAAAUACAUCGGAAUUGAAAGCCAAAUAAAAAUAAUGCUAUAUUGAAUGUAUUUGCAAUACACACAUCAAGAGCAAACCAUUUGUAUUCGGCGGAUUGGCGAUUUAAAUUAAAAACGCGAAAACAGACAGGGGAAUCUGAGUAAAAACAAAAAUAACAACAAAAACUGAAGCAAGAAAAAAAGAGCGAAAGUAAAGGAAAGGAAACAGCGGCAUCAACAGCAACAGCAACAAUAACAACAAAAAAAAAACAGCGGCAGCGGCUAGCUACACUCAUAAUAGCUGAAAUAAGGCAUACAUAGCCCGGACUAGUGUGCGUUUUUAGAAUUUAUAAAUAAAUUUUUCAAUAAUGGCAACAAUGCAACAAAUUGCUAAGAGACGACCCCCCACCACAUCAAUCUAUUCAGAUAAUUACGGCUACACAAUUAAUUUUUACCAACCAAUGCUCGAUUACUUAGACGCGAAGGCACAAGGCACAAAACCUCAGUUACCUCAUCUACCGUGGUCGAAUGAACGUGGUUUGAAAAAGUACUGGCCGUGCAAUUCAGUGCCAACAUACACUAGCAAAGAUAUUGAAAAGUACAGCGACGAAGUUGUUGCGCACGCAAAAAAUCGCGAACGAAAUUUCGAAGACUAUAAAAUAAUUAAACGGUCUCCGUUGGCAGUGACGAAAAGUGCGAUUGGUGCGCGUUUAAGUCAUCGAUUGGGCCGAUCAAAAUACGAAACUGUGGAAGAACGAACCAUUCGAAGUCUAGAGGAACAGGCGAGCGAGCGACAUCUUUCUAAAGUUAUGGAUGACAUCGAGAAUAUCAAAGCGCGAUUUAAUGCGCACAAAGACGUGGAAAUCUCUACUGGGUUAAAAAAUGCCAUUCGCGGCAAAUCAGCCAGCCAAAUAUCGGCCGCAUUACUGGCUGAAAGUGAGAAAAACAUCAAAGUGUCACGUAAUCAAGAAGAUUUUUUGAUUACACAAGCACAGCAGUCAACGCAAAGUUAUGGCCGAGCAAAAGUGACUAAACGCUGCACACAUAUCGAAUUUGUUGAUGAUCGUCUUAUUGACAAUUUGGAUCGUAAGGUGGGCUCGUCGUUGUGCGACGUCAAACGUCAAUUGCAGUCAUUCAAUCAGCGAACAUCGGAUCUUUAUUAUGAUUCAAGGUGUUGUCAUAAGAAUAAGUUUUAAACGAUUCGAAUCCAAUCGCUGUGCAAACCAAAUUAGAUAUGACAAAAUACACGAAAAGAAAAGAAAAAAGAAUAGAAAAUAAACAGUCAGUACAGAUGCAAACAAACUACAUGUACUUCAUUGUCCGUAGGAAUGAUGAGCUAUUUUUAGAUGUUACUUGUGCCGUCCUGAACAGGCAAACUCAAACAGCGUGUACAUGUCUUACAUGCAUGACACAUGGUCGCCUUUUGAACGUAUCGAAAACACAAUUUAUUUUUAUAAUUACAAGAAGACCGACUAUUGCAAGGGAAUGAAAAAGAGCACAAGAAAAAUUGAUUCAGAUUUUUAUGAUUGUAUGAAAACCAUGAGUGCGUUACAUCAUCAUAAUCACCCAAUUAUUCGACCUAAAUUUAUGCAGCCAAAACAUCAAUCUAAGAGGCCAAAAAUAUAUCCAAAUAUUGAUUUGC